CGUCAUUUCCGGUUUAAUUGCCUCGAAAAGAGCGGGAAAAUUUUGAUCACGUGAACUGUGGCAGCGACAACCGAGGAGGAAGGAUUUAAAUUUCUAACUCCGUAGGAAAAUAUGGCCGUAAGUUUAUUAUUUUUUAUAUAUUUUUGAACUUUCAAGUAAUAUAAAUACUUUUAGAAGUGUCUAGAGUUAUUUAAUGACGGAUUCGUGUAAUUUUGGCUUCUAAACCGAAGAAUUUUUGCGAAAUUUCUCGGUGCCAAAUUUGUUGUGUUAAUUACAUGUAUUUAUUGUCCAAGUGUUUAUGUUGUAGAAUUGUACUAGAUUAUUUCUUUAUUUGUGUGACUUGUUUUACUAGUUCUAUGUUUAAUUUAAACCGUGUAUUCGUAUCAAAAUAAUUACCGAAUUGUUAAAAAAACUAGCGUAAUUUUGAUUGUGAUUUACGCUUGAAACUUGUUCGGCUAAAUUUAUUUUGACACGAGCUUGGUAUUUAAAUUACCACGCGGUUUUAAUUCUCUUCAAAAUAGCAGUAAUUCGAUAUAUAUUUACAAUUUUAUAUACCAAUGUUUCCAUGUCUAAGUUGUUCGUUUUGGUUAUGAGUUAUAAUUUCCUUAUUUUACGAUGUUAGGCUAAGGCUUUUGGUAUUUAAAAUUUUAAUAUGACCUGCUCUUGUAUGUUUAUAUGUGUAUUGUGUAUGUGUGUCUAGCAAGUUUUCUACUGUCGUUUACCCAGCAUAGUUUAACCUAUAUAGUAUACUACAUACAUAAAAAUCUUGUAGCAAGUCUGUCAAGUUGUGUUCGCACUGGCUUGUCCCAAGUUGUCAACAAGUUUGGAACAAGCUGUUAACAUCUUGUAACAACCUUGUUGAUAUUAUCAGACUUGUUGCAAGGUUGUUGUAACAAGUCCAAUACAGUCAUGAUACAACAAUAUUGUUACAUCCUUGUGUCCUCAACCUUGUAACAUCUUGUUAUAUCAUGAAUGUAUCAGACUUGUUGGAACAACCUUGUAACAAGUCUGAUAAUGCCAUCAAGCUCGUUGCAAGUUGUUAACAGCUUGUUCCAAACUUGUUACAACAACUGGGAACAAGCAGUGUGAACACAACUUGUCGACAGCUUGUGAACAGAUUUGUAACAACUUGUUUGCAGACCUGUAACAACUUGUGCGUUUUUACGUGUGUUAUGGUACUGCGAUGUUUAGAUUACCGUAAACCUCCGACUAUAAGCCCUGGGCUUAUAUACUUUCGUAAGCGAUUUUUGAUGGGCUUAUAAAAGGGGGGGUAUAUAUACGCGGGGGGGGGCUUAUACAUGGACGAUCUUUUGUGUUUGUAAUAAACAAGUCGGUCAUAAACAGGGAAAUAAACGUGUAUUUAGCAGCGAUUACUGGGCUUAUAUUAAUUGGGGGGCUUAUAUUUGGGGGAGCUUAUAUUUGGGAUGAGGUGAGCAUUAGUACAUAUGGUGGGCUUAUACACGGGGGGGGGGCUUAUAGUUGGAGGUUUACGAUAUGGGUAAAUAUAACGAUUUUGUUGGCAUCCACUUGAUUGAAUAAUUGAAGGGUCUUGUACAUGGAGAUUAUAAAGUGGAAAUUUAUAUACAUUUAUUAUACCUUUUAUAACAUGCUCUUUUACCAUUCAGGAUGAAUCAUCAAGUAGUCUUGGGGUGGCAACAAGCCCUGCCAGGGAGUCGCAAGAUGAAGCGGGAGCCCGUUACGAUCGUACGGAUGCCUUGACGUCCAGUCCUGCUCGGAAUUUGCCUCCAUUUGAGGAUGAGUCAGAUGCUAUUUUGGGAAAUGAUGGAAGUGCAGCGGAAGAGGAGGCUGAUGAUGGAAUUGAUUUGAUGGGAGACAAUAUGGAAGAGUAAGUAAAGUGUAGUUUAUGCAGUCAUUCCCACACUAGUAAUGGCAUUGGCAAACUAUAAACCGUGUAUUCACUUUGCUAUAAGCAUAAGCACAUUAAGCAAGCAGAAUGCUUUGAUGUUCUUAUGCUUUUAUGUUCUUAUGCUUUUGUUGUUCUCACUGUCAGGGGUGAAACUUGAGGGGGUUGAUUGCCAUCCUGAUUGGCAGGACAAUCAAAGAUUUUAAAUAAUAGAAUGUAGAGUUAUUAAUUAAAUUAAGUAACUUACUGGCAUCGGCAGUUGAGCAGUUCAACUUAGUGAUGUAUUGUAUUAGUGCUGCAGGGCAUCAUUGGUUUUGGCAGGGCAAUUCUGCCAGGCACCCCCUAAUUAAAAGUGGCUAGUUUCGCCCCUGCUCAUGUACUGUGUCCUCACUAUGACACAAGAUACAGCACAAGCAUUAUAAUCAACAACAGAAGCAUAAGGAAAAUAUGCUUGUGCUUACGCUUGCCAAAAUUAUAUCAGAAAAUGUGGGAUAACUUGACGACAAGUAAAAUUGAUUGAACAGAGUAAAAUAAUAAGAGCACAAUGCAACUUAACCCUUUAAGUCAAUGCGCCCAACUUUAUUAUUUUACUCAAUCUGUUUAAAUUAAUGCUAGAUUAUUUUACUUAUAAAGGGGAGAACGCUGGUGCUUAAUUGAUGGGUUAACUGGUCUAUCUGCGCAUGUGUCUAGUUAGCCCAUUGAGUUGCAUUGUGCCCUGACGCACUCUACAUUAUUAAUUUAUGCUGUCUAAUGCCAGAUUAUUUUACUCUGUGUCUCUGUCUAACACCAGACAAUUUUACUCAUCAAGAGGAAGAGCGCUGGUGCUUAAGGGAUUAAGCCAUUGAGUGCCAGCACUCCCCUUGAUGAGUAAAAUUGUCUGGUAUUAGACAGAGUAAAAUAAUAGAGUAGGGCACAUAACCAUAGGAUACAAUUAAUACAUGGGGAACAAAUUUGAUUAACCCAUUCAGCACCAGCACUAUCUCUUUGACAAGUAGGGGGGUUAAUUUUCCAUUGGGGAAUGAAAUUGAAAAAGGAACACUUCUCUUUUAGUGACUACCGAGCAAUCCCUCGGCUGGAUGUGUAUGACCCAACAGCUCUUGAUGAAGAAGACUAUGAUGAGUUAGAUAUUGGAGCUCGACGUGAAGCAGAGAAAGUCAUGGGGAAGAGAGAUAGAGAGGAAGCUGCUACAUCUGGGAGACUGAGGAGAGGACUUCUUUAUGGUAUGAGAGAUAUUUAACCCUUUAAGUGGCCAUGUGCCCUACUUUGUUAUUUUACUCUGUUUAAUGCCAGACGAUUUUACUUGUCAGGGGGAGAGUGCUGCCACUCGAUGGGUUAGUCAUAUUAUCUGCCCAUGCACCCUGUUAACCUUUUAAGUGGCAAUGUGCCAUACUUUAUUAUUUUACUCUGUCUAACGCCAGAUGAUUUUACAUGUCAGGGGGAGAGUGCUGCCACUCAAUGGGUUACUUGAGACAAUAAGAGCAUAAUUCAUGCACAGUGCUUUUUGUAUGUGCCAUCCACUUCUGUGACUGGGGUUCAAUUCUUACAAUAUGCUGUUUGACUUGGUAUAAUUUUACCUCAGUCACAUGUACAGUAAGAGGAGUCACUCUAUAUAGUUUGACUGUGAUUGCAUGGUUUCUCCUGGACCUCUAGGAGAAACAAUUUAGGACUGAUAGAGCUAUCAAAUAUAAAUAAAAUUAGUUUAGUUUAGGUUUCCUCCUGUAGUAACACUGGAUCAAUAAGGGAUCAUCCUUACUAGACCUCCUAUAUCUAAAUUUAUCUAGGAAAAAUAGUUUACAAUGGAUAGUUAAUUUAGUUUAGGUUUCCUCUUCUACUAUCACUACCUAGGAGAUGAUCCUUCCUGGACCUCCUGGCUCCAGAAAGAACAGUUUAGAACUGGUAGAGCUAUCCAAUAUACAUUAACCCAUGGGGUGCCAGCAUUUUCCUGUUCAGCAGGGUUCGAAAUAACGGCACAGAAUAAGGUACACAGAAGGCCAACUUCUUCGUUUUUCCUAUGAUUUUCCUAUGAUUUUGGCGUAACUCGUGAUUCGUCAUCAAAUGCUGACGCCAUGGUCCUAGCCAGUGCGCGUCUGAGAGGCAUUCACCCCCCUGAUAUCAUUCAAAAUGGCGUAUGUCCAGGGGGGGAAUGCCUCUCAAACCCGCACUGGCUAGGACCAUGGCGUCAGCAUUUUGAUGAUGAAUCAUGGCGUGGCAGCGUUACUCGAGUCGACCUUCUGUGUACCUUAUUCUGUGAUAACGGUUCGUGAUUUGUGAAUCACGAAUCAAUUUUCAUUUUUCACGAACCCAAUUUCAUAGAAAUUGAUCAAAAUCAUGAAUCAAAAGUCUCUCAAAUUGAUAAAAAAUAUACAAUAAUAAAUUCAGUUCCUUGUAAAUGUGAUGAAGGAUCAUAUAUUCUGAAGAUAUUGUUGUUGAUUGUACUUAGAAACGAUUAUAAUUCCACCCAAAAUUCUAUUUCUUUGCGAGUUUGCGAUGUAUAUUUAUAUAUAUUUGAAAAUUGCAGUGCUUCCACUUUUUAACUUCCAAUUAGAGAAAAUUCCUUGAAAAUUCCUUAAAAUUUCCUUAAAAUAAAAAAAUUAAUUCACGAACCAUUUUUUCAGAAUUAAUUCGAACCCUGUGUUGAUGUGUAAAAUUGUCUGGUAUUAGAAAUCUGGAGUAAAUAACAAAAUUAGGCACAAUGGGUUAAAUUCAGUUUAGCUUUCAUCCUGUUAAGUAACAUGGGCAGUUCUUGUUGGCUUUCUAAUUAGGGAACAAUUUGAAAUUUAUCAUGUUUCUCUUUUAAUCCUUUGUAGAUGAAACUGAUGAAGAGGAUGACAUGCCACACCCAUCACGUCGCCGUCGUCUUGCAGAACAAGCUGCUCAUGGUGACAUGGAUAUGGGCGAGGAUAUGAUUGAGAGUAUAGAGAACUUGGAGGAUAUGAAGGGACAUUCUGUACGAGAGUGGGUCUGUCUUCAAGCACCAAGACUUGAAAUUAAAAACAGAUUUAAACAAUUUCUCAAGACCUUUGUUGACCACCAAGGAAAGAGUGUUUACAGAGACAAAAUUAAAUUGAUGUGUGAAGGUAAGGUGGUGACAAUAUAUUGUUGUACAUUAACCCUUCAAGUGGCAGUGCCCCCUGAUGCACCCAUUCUGUUCUCAAACAAUUUUACUCAUCAAGGAGUGCUACCACUCAAUAAGUUAUGAUCAUAUUAUCUGGCAAUGUGGGUACAUGAGCCUUACUAUAUAUACUCUAUCAUUUUCCUCUGUCUAACACAAGAUGAUUUUAUACUCAUCAAGGGGAGAGUACUGCCACUCAAUGGGAAUUAAUAAGACUAAUCUUUCAAUGCAUCCUGUUAACCUUGCAAGUGGCAAUGUGUCAUACUCAGGGUUUUUUUCAGGAUUUUCUCUUCGGUCCAUUUUUGCAGAGAAGAUUGAGUUUAGCUGAACAGUUGGGGUGGCUGCAGCCCCCCCCCCCUCAAUAAAUGUAGUUGAGACGCAAUGUGUUAAAGCAGGGGCACUAAGGGACACUAUAAACUGGUUAAAAUGGCGAAUAUGUGUACCUUUUCUUGUGUUGUGAGAUGAAUUCCAGCCAUUUUUUCUUAAUUAUUGGGUUUCCAACUGAAAAUUAAUUUCCACAUGCCACAAAUUUAGCUCAAACAACUUCAUUUUUACUGCACUGAAAUUUUUGGUGAGAAGAUUGAGUUUCAAAACUCAAUUCAAGAUUGAGUUUUUGGAGCCGUUACGGCCCUGAAAAAUCCCUUGCUACUUUAUUAUUUUACUCUGUCUGGUGCCAGACAAUUUUACUCAUCAAUGUGAGAGUGCACCACUCAAUGGGAAUUAAUAAGACUAAUCUUUCAAUGCAUCCUGUUAACCCUUUCAAUUGCAAAUGUGUCCUACUUUAUUAUUUUUCUCUGUCAGUGUCUGAUGGUAGACAAUUUUCCUCAUCAAGGGGUCAGUGAGCACUGCCACUUAAUGGGUUGUAUCCGAGUUGUACCUUACAUAAGUUCUGGCUAUAAUUUGAACUUCUUUCUUCCCCCAGGAAACCUUCAAAGUUUACCAAUUGAUUACAAUGUACUGGCAUGUGAACAACAGUUACAAGUCUUGGCUUAUUUCUUACCCGAAGCCCCAGCGGAAAUGUUGAAGAUAUUUGACGAGGCAGCCAAGGAGGUUGUGUUAUCUAUGUAUGAAAGAUAUGACCAGAUUGCAAGUGAGAUUCAUAUCAGGAUUGCUGAACUGCCUUUGAUGGAAGAAAUUCGCUCACUCAGGUAUGUCAAGCUGUAGUAGAAAUUUUUAAUGUAAAAUAUUUUCUCAUAAUUUUAUGAGACAUAUUGACAAUAUUGAAAUUAUGAUCGUAGUAGAAGGGUACACCUUUUUUUGAGAGAUAUGUGACCUCUAUUAGAUUUGGCAUAUUAGCAUGGCCCCAGGAAUGAGACUGUAGUGUCAUAUCCCAGGAAUGGGACUGUAGUGGCUGUGGUGUCACCCCUAGAAUAGGUCUAUGGCGUGAUCUACUAUAUUUUACAUAUCAGAUAUUUUACGUGUGUAGGAGCGAGCGCUGACACUCAAUGGUUUAAGGUGGUAAUAGCCAUGAUGACCUUGAUGUCACACUAUAUUAUUUCACUUUAAGUGGCAAUAUGCCCCACUUUAUUAUUUUACUCUGUCUAAUGCCAGAUGAUUUUACUUGUCAGGGGGAGAGCGCUGCCACUCAAUGGGUUAAUCAGACUAUCUGCCCAUGCACCCUGUUAACCCUUUAAGUAGCAACGCAUCCAGAUGCACCCCACUUUAUUAUUUUACUCUGUCUAAUGCCAGACAAUUUUACUCGUCAGGGGGAGAGUGCUGCCACUCAAUGGGUUAAUCAGACUAUCUGCCCAUGCACCCUGCUAACCCUUUAAGUGGCAGUGCACCCAGAUGUGCCCCACUUUAUUAUUUUACUCUGUCUAAUGCCAGACAAUUUUACUUGUCAGGUGGAGAGUGCUGCCACUCAGUGGGUAAUUAAUUAAUAUAUUUGUCUAAAGCCAAAUGAUUUUACUUACCAAGGGAGGGAAUGUUAAUGGUUUUUACCUUUAUGAUUGCAGGCAACUACAUUUGAACCAAUUAAUACGAACAAGUGGUGUAGUGUCAAGUAGUACAGGAGUUCUACCACAACUAAGCAUGGUGAAAUACGAUUGUAACAAAUGUUCAUUUAUCCUUGGACCAUUCUUCCAGUCCCAGAAUCAAGAAGUGAAACCUGGAACAUGUCCUGAGUGCCAGUCACGAGGACCUUUUGAAAUUAACAUGGAACAGGUAAGGACUAACUUUUAUAUAAUUUUACUGUAAUGCCACUCAGUGAGCUUCGGCAGGGGUUAGGCAUUUGGGUUAAAGCCUUUCACAUAAAAUAGGAGGUGAACCGAAAUUUUGGUGAGGUUGAACACUUUAUUAGAGGGGUUAGAGUAGUGCUGUGCACCGGAGUUGCCGGAGCCAGAGUUCUGCCAGAGCUCCGGUGGUUUUUCCGAUGCCGGAGCAGAAUUUUGUAUGCCGGAGCUGGAGUUACGUUUUCCCAGCUCCGCCAAAAUGACAAGAAAACAACAUGAAAUGAGACAAAUGUCAAACGAUUGUUAGUUACUGCAAACUGCCAAUUGCUGUUAAUGAAUUCAUCAUAGGCUCAAACUGCCACAGCCCACAGGAACAGCAUCGAAAAGCUGUAAUACGAUCGCAACUUGCAAACGUCAUGCUUUCAUGAAGCCAUCUGACUUAGCGCUACAUACUGUAGUCUGUGUAUUAAUGCCUUGUAGAUAACGAAAAAGUACAAAACAAAUAAAUAUCAACCUUUUGAAAAUGACAGAGUACUUUGUUUGCGUGCGAACAAUUGCGCUGUGGAGUCUGAGAGUGUUAGUGUCAUGCCUCGCGUCAUGCCUUGUGUCAAAGAUUUUUCGAGGCUGGUUCCCAUAUAGAUAUUUUCUGUGUGGUUAAGUGUUUUCACUGUUUUGUUUCCUGAGUUAUGUUAUCUGAUAAUUAGGAAGCGCGAAAAGGGUUAUUCAUAAUAAUAUUAAUAAAUGUUCUCUGAUUGUAAAACAUUUAUUUAAUAUUAUAUGAUGUGGCCGGAGCCAGAGUUCAGAGCUGUAAUUCGGCCGGAGAUGAAAAACCGGAGUUUGCACAGCACUAGGUUAGAGAGAUCCGCUCAUGGUUGAUGCAUUAGGUUAAAUUGUGCUCUGAUGCACCCUACUUUAUGAUCUGUCUUUGUUUAACACAAGAUGACUUUCCAAAGGGGGGACCACAGGGCCAAAGCAAAUGGGUGACCAUUGAGUGAAAAUCUUUGACCAUCCCUGACAAUUUGUGGGUAUUCUUAUUAGUGACUGUAAUUGUAAUUUCUAUGCAGCUUUAUUUUUAAAAUAUUUUAUGUUUCUACUACUAGACUGUUUAUCAAAACUACCAGAGAAUCAAGAUUCAAGAAAGCCCAAGCAAAGUUGCAGCUGGCAGACUACCUCGUUCAAAGGAUGUCAUUCUGUUGGGAGAUCUGGUCGACUCGUGCAAAGCUGGAGAUGAAAUUGUAAGUUGAAAUUUUUCAUACAGUAUAGUCCACUGUAAACAGUGUUGGUGCAGGACUGGUUGUGAUUACAGUUCCUUAACUGUAUAUCAGGGUCUGAAAUUUGUAUUUUUUCUCAAUAUCCAACUGGGUACCAGGAUUCAAAGUUUAGUAUCCCCCCUAAGAAUCGAAUAUCCAGGGCUGCAAAUAAAUAUUUGACUUGACAGGACAGUUGUCCGAUCACUUUUAAUUUUGGUCGGACAUAACUUGAAUUUGGUCAGACAAAAACCAACAUCACUAAAUUUGGUCGGACAUAUAUACGUCACAAAAUAUAUAUAAGUCACGAGACAAGUAUGUAUAGCCAUUCCGGCGCAACGUUAAGCAAAAUGCUAGAGUGCCUCGUAAAUUUUAUUGCAAAAUGCAAACUGAGUGAAUUUGCAAUUGGAUUUUGUCACAGCAAAAAAAUGUAUAAUGUGACAAUUUUUUUUGUGAUCUGACCAAUGUCCGAUCAAAAUUACUUUUGCUCGGACAUUUGCCAAAUUUAGUCAGACAUUGUCCGAUGUCCGACAGUAAUUUGCAGCCCUGGAAUAUCCCACUUCUGGAUACUUGUACCAUAAGUACCAGUCCUGUAUACUGCAAAUUUCUGACCCUGGACUAUAUGUUUAUAGCUGCAAUAUAUAGCCAACAUUGAUAAGAAAGCUUUGGAUUAACCCAUUAAGCGCCAGCGCUCUCCCCUUGAUGAGUAAAAUUGUCUGCCGUUAGACAGAGUAAAAUACUAAAGUAGGGUGCAUCAGGGUGCAAUGCGACUCAGUGGGUUAACUAGACACAAGGGCAAAUAGGCCAGUUAACCCAUUAAGCACCAGCGCUCUCCCCUUGACGAGUAAAAUCAAAGUAGGGUGCAUCAGGGUGCAAUGCGACUCGGUGGGUUAAUAGGGAUAAACUAAAAAAAUACAAGGAGAACUGCUUGAAAUGUUGAAGUUCUUGUUGUAUUUUUCAGGUAGUUGUAUCCCUAUCAAUCUAAAGUUUUCGUAUAAUUGGCACUACCUACAAUGGCAUGUACAGGUGUAUGUACCACAGAAUACCACGGUACCACAGAAUACCAUUUCUUAUAUAAAAUUUGAGGGAAAUAUGCUAUGAACUUUAUUCUUGUGAUUAUAUAUUAGUUUUAGUCUUAAUUGACAUAUAAAAACAAAAAUGGUAUAUUUUCUUAAAAAUUCUUAAAAAUAAUCAGGAUUAACAAGAUGUAACAUUCUAUAUUUUUGGCACUUUUUUUCACAUAAUGCCUGUAAAAUUCAAAUGUUUAAAAAUAAGUUUGCAAACCAGCAUAAUUUAUGUUGAUCAAUACUUUUUCUAUGCAACACAACAUUAUUACUGCACUGAAAUCACACAGUGAAAUCAAUUUUACCAUUGAAUUAGCUGAGAGAAAGGCGGACGUCUGCGAAGACGUCACGUGGAUAACACACAAGGCAUGUUGUUUAUUUUUGUCAAAAUAAUUUCAUUGAUUAAAAGAGUCGGUUAUCUCGGUUAUUUUGUGACGAUUCUCGGUUUCGGUUAUUUUACGAAACCGCAUCACCCUACAUUCAAUAGUACUGACUACAUUCAAUAGUACAAUAACCAACAAUUCAGGUAGCAUUAUUCUGAUCAGUACUGCAAUUUGGCCCAUUGAGUGGCAGCUCUCUCCCUUCAUGAGUGUUACAGAUACAAUGUAGUAAAAUAAUAGUGUAGGGUGCUUUUUACUUGUCAAGGGGAGACCGUUGGCACUCAAUGGGUUAAUCAGGCUAUCUUCCCAUGUGUCUAGUUAAAAAUAAGUUGCAUUGCACCCUAAUGCACCUGACUUUAUUAUUUUACUCAUCAAGGGGAGAGUGCUAACACUUAUUGGGUUAAAUUAAUAACUGAAAUUGAGUGAUUAGAGAUGUCCAGGGUAGUUAACCCUUUAAGUGGCAAUGUGCCCUACUUUAAUAUUUUACUCUGUAUAUUUAGGCCUAAAAAAUGCCUGUGGCUCCGGUUCCCGACCAACCCUAUUAUUUUUUCAAUGCGAUUAACCGUGCAACCCUAUUUUCUCCUGGUGGUCGUGGGCUGCUGCCAAAAUGGCGUCUAUUGUCACACUAAUUAGUGAAAAAACCAUGAAAAAAAAUAUUUAAAAAAAUUAUUUCUGACCUACCGACCCUAAUUUUUUCGCGAUAUGAAACCGGAACCUCAUGCAGGUUUUUUUUUUUAGGCCUUACUCUAUGUAAUGGUUUUACUUGUCAGCAGGAGAGUGCUGCCACUCACUGGGUUAAUCAUACUACCUGCCCAUGCACCCUGUUACGUUGCAAUACACCCUACUUUAUUAUUUACUCUGUGUAAUGCCAGACAAUUUUACUUGCCCUGGGGGAGAGUGCUGCCACUCAAUCUGUUAAUAUAACUGAAACUGAUUAGAGAUGUCCAGGGUCUGGAGUCUGGCUUACUCAGCCUUAAACAUUCUAGUUAUGUCCGAAUUGAAACAGUCAACUGUGUUUAUACAGUAAGUUUAUAAAGUUUAAAAACUUUUUCAGGAUCUAACGGGUAUCUACCACAAUAAUUAUGAUGGUUCAUUGAAUAUUGCUCAUGGUUUCCCAGUAUUUGCGACAGUGAUUGAAGCAAACCAUAUCACAAAGCAAGAAGAUAAGUUGGCAAUCACAAGUCUCACAGAUGAAGAUAUUAAGGAAAUUAUCACACUUUCCAAAGAUCCUAAAAUUGGGGACAGGGUAAGCUGGAUGUAGAUAGAAUCGCAUGAUCUAUUAGGGUAUAUUCCAGGUUGCCCUCGCCAUACAAUAUGCUUCAUUUGGAUAGCAAUUUGUAGCUACAAGGUUGUUGAGCUCAGUAGACUUGUUAAAGUUGUCCCAACAACUUGUUAUCAUCCUGCAAUUCAACAAUUUGUCAACAAAUUGUGAGUGACAACCUUGUAGCAACUUGAUAAAAUAACAACAUUGCUACAACUUGUUGACAAGCUUGCUACAAGCCUGUUGCAAACACAUCUUGUUGAUAAGUUGUGAGAUUUUUACGUAUGUAGUGGAUAAUUUCUUACUUUCUCUUACUAGAUAAUUGCCAGUAUAGCGCCUUCUAUUUACGGACAUGAUGACAUAAAAAGAGCAUUGGCAUUGACGUUGUUUGGAGGAGAAGCAAAAGAUCCUGGUGGCAAACAUAAAAUCCGCGGGGAUAUCAAUGUGUUACUUUGUGGUGAUCCUGGCACAGCUAAAUCUCAGUUCUUAAAGUAUAUUGAAAAAACAGCUCCACGCUCCGUAUUUACUACUGGUCAAGGUGCUUCAGCUGUGGGAUUGACAGCCUAUGUACAACGACAUCCUGUUACAAAGGAAUGGACAUUAGAGGCUGGUGCUCUUGUGCUGGCGGACCGUGGAGUGUGUAUGAUUGAUGAGUUUGAUAAAGUAAGUAGAGUUCAAAGCGAGUAUGUUUUGCUUGUAUGGGUACUUUGGUUUCUUACAAUAGUAACACUGGACCAACAAGGAAUCACCCUUACUGGAGCUCUAGUGAGAACUGAUAGAGUUAUUCAGUACAAAUAAAGUUAGUUUAUUUUAGGUUUCUGUAGUAACACUGGAUCAAUAUAAGAGAUUAUCCUUACUGCAUGGACCUCUAGGAUCAAAGAACAGUUUAGAACUGAUAGAGCCAUCCAGUAUAAAUAAAGUUAGUUUAGUUUAGGUUUCCUCCUGUAGUAACACUGGAUCAAUAAGAGAUGAUCCUUACUGGACCUCUAGGAAGAAGAGUUUAGAACUGAUAGAGCUAUCCAGUAUAAAUAAAGUUGUUUAGGUUUCCUCUUGUUGUAAUAUGAAUCGAAGGUAUUGAAAGUAACCCUAAGUCUCUAUCAUUUUCAGAUGAACGAUGCAGACAGAACCAGUAUUCAUGAAGCAAUGGAACAACAGAGUAUCUCCAUCUCGAAAGCUGGAAUUGUCACCUCUUUACAGGUAUGUCGCAUUUCUUUCCUGGAGCACAGAGCAAUCCUGAGGUUUGAUUCCUGCAUUAUGAGAAGAGUGCUUCCAAUCUGAUCAUUCCAGGAUAUCUCCCUGCAUCCUGGUGUCCUCCUGUAAGAACACUGGAGUAAUUUUAUUAAGGAGUGUGUCUGACGUACUGAACCUCUACAAAGAACAGUCUAGAAAUAGCUAAGAGCUAUCCAGUAUAAAUAAAUUUGUGUACUUUUUUUUCUAAGGCUCGAUGUUCAAUUAUUGCUGCUGCAAAUCCUAUUGGUGGCCGCUAUGAUCCUUCCAUGAAUUUCUCGGAAAACGUAAGUUUGUGUUUGAAAGAAAUUUACGCUGUCACACUCUAAUGAAAGUGUAUUAUGUUUACAUUUAUUAUGUCUGAUGAAAGUGUAUUAAGUUUACAAAACCACAAUGCAUUCUUGUUACAGGUUGAUUUGAGUGAACCAAUAUUAUCCAGAUUUGAUAUUCUCUGUGUUGUACGAGAUCUUGUUGAUCCAAUUCAGGUAACAACUAUUUAUAAAAAAUUUUGGUAAAGUGUUUUCUCUAACAGCAUGCGGUUUCCAUUCCUGCGAUGUACUUGUCUGCAUGCAUUUUGAGUCUACUAAGCAUUUUCUCUCCAGAUGUGUCUAAGCCUGGUUUCCAUAUAUGAUCGUAAUGGUCACAAAGAUUUCAGGAUUUAUUCAGAAACUGCACUAUUUACAAAACAAGGAAAAUGUAUAUAAGAUUUUACAAAUGAUUAUGUUUUGAAUUAAUAAUUUCAAGUUAAUUUAGUAAGGUGAAGGUGCAUACUGAUCAAAGGAGCAUAAACUUUCGAAGAUUGAGUCACAAUCUUUCUCAACAGCCAAAAUACAACAGUUUAGGACUAAAAAUAGGCACAGUGAUUAUAAUAUAAAAACACUGUACUAGUGAUUUAUAUAUGAGGUGGUGGUGGUCUCUGGACUCUAUCUUCACAACCGUUACAAUCAUAUGGAUACCAAGCCACAGAAUAAAGACAGUCAGAAAGUCGACUCAGUUAAAAAAGCGCAACUGCUGUCAUGCCAUGAUUUGUCAUCAAAAUGCUGAUGCCAUGUGUGGUCCUAGCCAGGCUAAACACAUUCUCACCCCCUGGUGGUUUAUCAGGGGGGUGAAUACCUCUUAUAAGCACACUGGCUAAGGACCAUGGCAUCAGUAUUUUGAUGAUGAAUUAACGAAAGUCAUACGAAAAGCCAAGAAGUUGACCUUCUGUUUGUCUCUAUUCUGUGACCUAAUUUUACUGUACCUGUGAAGGGAACAGUUAGAACUGAAAGAACUAUCCAGUAUCAAUAAAGUUAGGUUGAGUUUAAGCCAUUAAUGCCCAAAACUUUCCCUUUGACGAGUGUAUAGACUCGAGGCUCAUACAGUUCAAUUUAUUUCAGGAUGAAUUACUGGCAAAGUUUGUUGUAAAUAGUCAUGUAAAACAUCAUCCAAAUAAAAAAAAUGAAGAAAAAGAUGAAGAUGAAGAAAUGGUAAGUGUUUCACAAGUUGUUCAUCUCUCCUGUAAGCUGUGGGUUGACAGGAAUUUAAUUACUUGAAAUGGAAGUAAAACUUUGAAGGCCUGACAAUUACACCCGUUUUCAAAAUUACACGACCAUGGACGGAAAUGCUAGAGUUGACAUGUCAGUUUUAUGUCAUUCGGUCAUGAAGUUUAAACUUUGCGUUUUUUGGUUCCUUGUCGAUGCAUAUGCUUUGUAUGCUUUAUAUAAACAGGCUUACAAUGAUUUUCAAGAUAUUUUAGUCAGAAUUAUUGCAAAAUUUUGGCACAAAAUCAUAACAUCACCGUUAUAAUCUAGCGCGCAUGUUUUAUACUGACAGCUAAAUUCCAGAAUAAAUUGUUAUUUUUCAAACUUUAAAAAUUAUUCACGAACACAUAUUUCUGUUGUGAUGGUUUGUAUUGUGCUUUAAUUAGUUUGUAUAUCUAAGUUAUCUAACUCAUUUUUGUUCAGUUUUGGUAUUAAAUUUAGUAUAAAAAAAAGUUUAGUCUUUUGACAGUUGUUUACGUUUGCUAUUUUUAGCAGUUUUUGUGACAUAAAACUUGACAUUUGAAGUAAGAGUAUUUUUCAGGGAGGUCGCGUAAUUUUGAAAACGGGUGUAAAGGGUCUUCACUUGAAACGUUGAAGUUUUACUUGUAGCUUUCAGGUACAUGAAUGAAUCUCAAUCCACAGCUUUCUGAUAUUAUUACUACGUACAUGCCGUAUGCUGGCACAUUCCAUUCAAGUUCAUGUCUCUUGUAUUCUCUCUCCAAGUUGCCUGAGUUAAGCUAUUAAUGCACAAAACCCUCUUGAAGAGUAAAAUCGUCUGGUUCUAGACAAAGGAAAAUAAUAAAAUUGGGUGCACUGCAAGCAAUUAAUGCACCUUCCUUAAUACAUUGAGCACCAGCACUCUCUCCUUCAGGAGUAAAAUUGUCUGACAUUAAACGGAGUAAAAUUGUCUGACAUUAGACAAAGUCAAAUUGUCUGAUAUUAAACAAAGUCAAAUUGUCUGACAUUAGACAGAGUCAAAUUGUCUGACAUUAGACAGAGUCAAAUUGUCUGACAUUAGACAGAGUCAAAUUGAGAAUGCUUAAAAUAAUUAAAUUAGGGCGCUUUACUGUGCACAAUGCAAUUCAAUGGGUAAUUAGCCAAAAAAUCUGACAAUGUCUAUACUUUUUAUGUCUAUACUUUUUAUGUCUAUACUUUUUAUGUCUAUACAAUGUCUAUUCUUUUUUUUUACUUGUCUAACACCAGACGAUUUUACUCGAUAAUGGGGAAGCUCUCCAGCUUAAUGGGUUAACCAAAAAAUCUGACAUUAGAGAGGUUAAGAUAGCCCGGUUUCGGUGUACGGGUAGCAUGAUUUUGGUUAGCAAUAUUUUCGUAGAUGUCUGUAGCUUUACUCGUAAUUAAGGUGCACAUUUUUCGCAUUAUAUCAUUGUCUAUUGCAAGAAAACAGAAAAAGUAUGAUCAAAUUACAGACAUCAGUAAAACAAGAUGACACUACUUGUACCCGUACACCAAAACCGGGGUAUCUUAACCUCUCUAAUGUCUCUAGUUAAUCCAUUGAGCCACAAUGUGCCCUGGUGCGGCCUACUUAUAUUUUUGUUACUUGUCUAACGUCAGACGAUUUUACUUGACAAUAAGUAAGCUCUGCAGCUUGAUGGGUAUACCAUUACCAUAAACUCCAAGUAAUGAUUUACUAUAUAGGUCACUAAAGUCACAUCCUUGUUAUAUUCAGGAAUCCAGUCCAACAACAGGUGUUGAACAGUUGUCUCAAGAAAUGCUAAAGAAAUAUGUUAUAUAUGCUAAAGAUAGAAUACAUCCAAAGUUGAAUAACAUGGACCAGGACAAAAUUGCCAGAAUGUUUGCCGAUCUGAGACGAGAAUCUAUGGUAAGUGUUAUGCAAGCUUGUUUUCCAGCAAGGUUUGCAUUAGAAUUUAGAUCAAGAGGCUUUUUGAAAGAAAUUAAUGUAAAGGUGAUAUCAGAGGUGGAUCCUAGUAGGGGGGUGCUCUGUUAGCUCUGCUGCAGAGUUGUGUCGGUCACAUGCACCGCCCACCUAUCAACAUACAGCAGUACUUGCUUGACUACUGUAUUUCAACUAUAAUUGUUUUUCACAGUUUGCAUCAUGUUAUUACUCAAAUUACUGUAUCUCAUUUUGUCUCUAAUAUUUUUUUGCUUCAUCAUGAAAAUACUGUAGCAACCCACCCCACCUGUAAAUUCAUCUCUGGAUAAUAUCGUAGCACUAUAAAUAGCUCUAGUGUUACUUUGUAGAAGUAGGUUUUAAUAGAGGAGAAAGAAGUUGUACUAUUACAGACAAUUAUAUCAAAGUGUCCAUUUUUCAUAAAAAUUUCUAUUGUAAAAGUCUCAACACUUCUUAAUUUUUUCCAGGCAACUGGCAGUGUUCCUAUCACAGUACGUCAUAUUGAGUCAAUGAUUCGGAUGGCAGAAGCCAAUGCCAAGAUGCAUUUGAGAGAAUAUAUUUUUGAAGAUGAUGUAAAUAUGGCGAUUCGAGUGAUGUUAGAAAGCUUUAUUGAUACACAGAAAUAUUCCGUCAUGCGAAAUAUGCGAAAGGUGAGAAAGUUAUCUGCUAGUAAACAUGGUUUCCAAUUAGCCUUUCUCAUGCUCCCAUUUUUGGGUAGCAUUUCAGCCGAAGUCUGCAAGAUAAGUCCACAUAACAGCGACUCUUUAAAAUUUUUUUGAGAAAUGAUGGUAAAUUUUCUUUGUAAAUGGUUAGUUUACUUUGAAAAAUUGCUUUUCACAUUGUUUUCAGCAUUGGUUAACAAGAAUUGGAUGCCACCCAAAAAUGGUGGAUAUUCGUCAUUGUGAGAAAGGCUAAUUGAUUAUAACAGUUGACACCAUGUUAAGUUGCCUCUGAUGUAAAGGCCUCUUUUCACUUUGAUCCUAAUCAGACUCUCCAUGGGCGCGAGACUUAAAGGGGCAGUGUCACCGAUUUUGACCUUCGCAAGUCUUUAGGAAUCUUGCACAAAACCUAAAAAGAAUGGUUGUAAGCACAAAAUAAAACAACAAAUACAAAAAGCAUGUACAGAAGUCUGGAUGGUCGAGAUUAGGCGAGCAUUGAGAUGGAUUGUAAAUGACAUCUUGAUUAAUUGUUGGCGGACACUUUUUCAAGUUUAGGUCAAUUUGUAUGAAAACUUCGUCUUACAUGCUGUGUGAAAGUUCAAAGUUGUUUAAUAUGACUCGUAUAUAAUAACUGAACCUAUUUAUAAAGUUUAUUUUCAAAUUGGCAGUUCAGACCUUGAAUAAAGAGAUUUUUGGUCAAAAAUUGGUGACACUGCCCCUUUAAAUUAACUAUAAACUAAACAAUUAUAACUCUUUUAGUGGCAUUGCACCCUACUUUAUUAUUUUACUAUGGAGAGUGCUGCCACUUAGUGGGGUUAAUCUGCCCAUGCAUCUUGUUAACCCUUUAACUGGUAAUGCACCCUACUUUAUUAUUUUACUUUGUCUAAUGCCAGAUGAUUUUACUUGUCAAGGGGAGAGUCCUGCCACUCAGUGGGUUAAUCUGCCCAUGCAUCUUGUUAACCCUCUAACUGGUCAUCACCCUACUUUAUUAUUUUACUCUGUCUAAUGCCAGAUGAUUUUACUUGUCAAGGGGAGAGUCCUGCCACUCAGUGGGUUAAUUUGUCCAUGCAUCUUGUUAACCCUUUAACCGGUGAUGCACCCUACCUUAUUAUUUUACUCUGUCUAAUGCCAGAUGAUUUUACUUGUCAAAUGGGGAGUGCUGACACUCAGUGCGUUAACCAUUAUGCGAAAGCGCUGUCACAGAGGAAGUACAUACAGAGAUCUCACUUCAGGUUAAUUUCACAUAAGGGAUUUUUUCAGUCCGCCAUGUUUUCUUAGCGAGUGCCCUAAAGAGAGGCAGUCCCCCCCCCCCUGAGAGCAUAUUGAAAAUUUAAUAUUCCAGGGGGGUGAAUGCCUCUCUUUAGGGCGCUUGCUAAGAACAUGGCCGCCAGCUAUUUCGGUAAAAAAGCGCCUUACGGUUUUGUAAUGGAAGUUACACUUGUGUAUGUCUUUAUUCUGUGGUGCUGUCCCCUUGACAAGUAAAAUCAUCUGGCAUUAGACAGAGUAAAAGUCUUAUUUUAAGCCAGGGUGCAAUGUGACUCAAUGGGUUAAGUUCUAGUUUCAACUGUACAAAAUGUCAAUUCCUAUAUUGAUUAAGUUUGUUUUCUGUUUUCAGUCAUUCUCCCAGUAUUUAUCGUUCCGUCGAGAGAACAAUGAACUUCUCAUGUUUAUUCUAAAACAACUUGUACGAGAUCAAGUCACAUUUCAUAACAAUCGCUAUGGCAGUGCACCAGAUGUCAUCGAGAUACUGGAGGAGGAAUUUCUUGAUAGAGUGAGUGU